AUGGCCUCCGAAUCAUCCCGCGAUCGCGGAGAGCAGAUACUCUCCGCUAAGAAGAAGCUCAAGAGCUACCGCGCAAAACAAGCACUCAUGGCACAAAAGCGUUCUUCCAGCUCUUCGUCGCACUCGCGAUCUGGUUCAGGCGUACGAUCUGUCGACGCGCCUUCAUCAACAGCCGUUGCAGAGGCACUCUCCAACGAAAUUGUCUCGCAGGCUUCCACCUCGUCGUCUUUCCCAACCACAGCAACUUCAGCAGCUUCGCACACACGCACACCAUCGCGUUCCGGCCAUGCACGAGGUCACUCGCGUGCCGGCUCCAUCUCCAUUACGCCUAAUGCCUUGUGGUCGCAGGCACAGGCCAUCGCCUCCAGCCCCGCUCCGGCGUCGGCACCAAUGCUCGGCCGCCCUGCUUCCAUCGUAGCUCCCAGUGCUGGUCACGUUCGAACCCACUCGCGAUCUCACUCGCGCAACUUUUCCCACUCGCGUCCUGUCAGCAUCUCGAUGCUCGGCGCCAAGAAGGAGGAGCCCAUCGUCCUCGCCAUCGAGCACCGUGCCGAGCAGGAAACCCCUCCAGUUGUCAACAACAUCCAGCGCACAUCGCAGCAGUUCCUCGACUCUUCUGCCCUGUUUGGCGGGUCAGUUUCUAGCUCGAAUCUGCGACCGGACUCUACCGCCUCUGCCAAGCGCUUCAGCAACGUCGCUCCUAUCUCUCCGGCGCUGUUCGACCGACCUGCCUCGCAGCAAAACGUUGCUGCCACCGCCUCGCCCUCGCCCUCUGCUCCCAAUUCGCGUCAUUCCAGGCGUCUCAGUCGACACGCUCGCACUCCCAGCGUCUCCACUAAACGCGAAAGUAUGGAAAUCAUGGGAGGUCUCGGCACCGGUCUCGGUCUCGACAUGGCCAGCGCGUCUACACCGUUGCACUCUGUUGGCUCGUCUAAGCGUCGCAGCUCGCGCAUGUCAAACCUCCCGUCAGCUAGUCUACUUUUUGGAUCAUCGGAUCCUGCUACUAACAUCAACAGCGCCCCCAACAAUGUCAGGAACAGCAGCCGGGCAAGCGGCCAACAGUGGGACUGGAGGAAAGCGAUCGCCGACGCUGCGAGCGAAGCCGAAGAGAGCAGCGAGGGACGUCUCACUGCCCUCGAAAAGCUCGAAGGCCGUACGUCGACAACACGCGCUAGCACGUCCGAUCGUCCAUCCUCCGUUAUCGUCGCAGCGUCGCGUGCCUCUCGUCGUCUUUCCGGCCACACGCGUAGCGAAAGCAUUCAGAUCCCCAACCUCGACGAAAUCCAUCAGAACGAGCUCAACGAGCGAAGAGCCAGCUGGAACUCGCAAGCAUUCGACGGCCCCACGAUGGCCUCUGCUGCGGUUCCUGCCUCGGCUCCUGCUGCGUCUACCUCGACUCGUCGUGAGAGCUGGGGUCGCAGUCUCGUGCCCCCCUCACCUUCUUCGCUUCUGAACGCUGGAUUCGCAUCUCCGGCACUGCCCAGCGCGUACCUCUCCAGCCCGGGUCGACCAGAGUCUAUGGUCCUACGACCCGAGUCGCCGCAACCCGAGGGACUUGGCACUUUGAUGGAGGAAGAGGAGGAGGACGACGCCACCUCGCCCAGCCGCGAGCGUCCCAGCCUCGACAUGCCCGUCGAUGGCCGCACAAGCGUCGAGCAGGAGCUUCACAAACAGCGGAAGGAAGUCGAGGACGAGACGGUCAAACGCAAUCGACGCGCCAGCUUGGCGCCCAAGCCGCUCAAGCUCAAGUCGCGACCGCCUAGCCUGUACCUCACACCUUCGCAGCGCAGCGGUCUUGUCAGCAGCCCGUCGAUGCCCAACUUCCCCACUUCGCCACUGCUUGCUCCUUCCUCGAUUGCGGAUGAGGCCACACCCAGAGCGACUAUGGCUGCGCUUCCGGAAGUCACGGAUGAUGACGAGAGCCAGGUGCUCGAGCAGCAUGACACGUCGGAGGCGAUGGGCACCCUGCCUAGCCGCAGCACUACCUGUCCGGACUUGGCUUCUCUUUCCGUCGUGUCUGAAGAGGCGGAGCAAAACGGAUCGUUCAGCGAUGCCAACGAAGCUGAAGAGACGCAGGACGCAGCAAGCCCUGUGAAUCACGAUCUGUCCGCUCAAGAGGUGGCCAGCCAGGAACAGCGACAGCUCGAAGAGCUUCAGGAGCAGAUCCUCCGUGCUCACCGCAACUCGGUCAUUGCGCCUCCUGCUGCUGCCACUCCUUCGACGGCCGACUCGACUGCCAUGUCUUCGGGAAGCGCCUCAUCGUCGUCUCGCCAAGGUAUGCGCACGCUUCGCCUCGGCAGCCAAGCAAAUCUCGCUUCCAUCAUGGAAUCUGCAUCCGCCUCCAACGCGGCCACCUCGGCAGCUGCGACCGUCGGCACCACUGCCACUGCCACCCCCACCACCACGACACCAGCACAGCGCCGUCGCAGCCUCAUCAUGGGUUCUCUGCCAGGAGUAUCCAUGUCCGGCUCGUCGUCCCGCGACAGCGAGUUCGCUCCGUUCAGCAGCUCCGCCACCUCGAGCCGAGCCGCCCGACGAUCCUCCAUCAUCUACAAGCCAUCUACCGCUUCUGUGCCCGAGAUGUCCUCACCUCACUCUGCGUCGGAUUCCAUCGUGAGUCUCGGCGGUGUGCCGCUUGCCGUACACGACGAGCUCAAAGCCAAGGCGAACCUUGAUGCUGCGCUGUUGGAGUCGACCAAGAAGCAGGUCGAGAUGCUCGAGCGCGAGCUGGCCAACGAGGCCGAGCGCAGUGCAAGAGAGAAAGCCGAGCUGGAGCAGUGGAAUUUGGACAAGGAGGAGCAUCUCUUUGACCGGGCACAGCGGGCGGAGACUGCAGCGCGUCAGGCCGAGGAUGCACUCGUGUCGAUGCGCGCAGAGCUCGAACAGGCGAAAGAGACAGAAGAGGAUCUGCAGGCUGAGCGCGAGGUGCUGCAAGACGACAUCGAGGGCUGGCGCUCGCGAUGCCAAGAUUUGGAGAAACUGCUGCGCACUGAAAAGGCCAAGUCGGACGACAACCGCAAGCUGCGCGCUGCCGCGCGUCUGCGUGUGAAGCAGCUUACGGAUGCGCUGGAACAAAGCGGAGCGGAUGUGCCUGCCGACGAGCUGGGUGUGCUUGCUGCGCUCGAGAUGCCUCAGCUGGACCUAGCGGCUGCGCUCAAGAGCCCGAAUCUGGGAGCUGUCAGCCCGAGUUUGGGUGCGAGUGCCGGUCUUUCGCCGAGUAUUGGCAGCGAGGAGGCGCCGCCGCAGAUCACCAAGCUGCUUGCGAGUAUGCGACAGCAGAUCUUCAACUUGGCCGGUAGUCUGGAGCAUGAGCGUAAGCAGCACUUGCAGGCCAAGGAGGAAGUGGUGAGGUUGCAGCGCGGGUCUACACAGCAGGAGCAGGAUCAGCCUCAACAGCCGCAACAGCCGCAGCCAGGUGCGCAAAACGACGAGGAGGCCACGCCUGCUACUGAUGUCGCCGCUGCAGAGGAGCAGAGCUUCGCGUCGCCCGACGUCAGCCGCGACAUGUCGACCUCCGAGUCUUUCAGCUCCUCGGUGCGCCGUUCGAGCGGCAUGCUCGGCAAGAACAAACGCCACGUGUUUGCCUACGACUCGAGCAUGGGCAGCUUCGGCCAGUCGCAGAGCAGCGCCUCGCUGUCCAUGACCAUGAUGACCGACGACACGGCGCACACGGACGUCGACUCGGAUGCGUCGGACUCGUUCUCGACCAAGCUGCCGUCGUCUUCGGAAAGCGAGCUGGUCGGGCUCGGGAUGGGCAGUUUGCAGACGCUAGACGAGAUCGAGGAGGUGUCUGAGGUGUCGGAGAGCCUGGAGGGCAGCCAUGGUACGUUGAGCGCUGCGGUCGGGACCGAGGGUGCGAGUCCGGCGUGGGUGGACGUGGAGGCGGGCGAGUUUGAGGUUGUCCGGCCGAGCUUCGACGAGAGCGAGGCGAGCUUUGGUGCGCAGUAUCAGGAUGCGGAGAAUGCGCCGCCUACGCCGGACCUUUAUCGUUCGACAGAGGAGCAGCCGGCGGCGGCGCUCGGUGGCGUCCAUCGCAGCGUUUCGGGUGAAGGCGAACACAGCACCAACGCCUCUUGCUGCUCCAGUUCCGGUGACAGCCACGCCGCGCCCUCGACACCACCCCAGCACGCGACAGCGCGACUGGGUGACGAAACUACCGGCACUAUCACAGCAGCGACCAUGGCCCCACCCUCGCCACGACCCGAGUUUCACCGCGAGUGGAGCUUCGAGUGGGGGAAGUCGCGCUCCGCCAAAACGCCAGGCUGCAUGCCGGAGCAACACACGGUCGAGGACUUUUUCGGCAUUUUCAGCGAGGACCGUCUUCUGCCCGCGCUCAGCAGCUCGGAUGAGGCGCUGGACUUGCCGCCGAUCACGCUGCAGCCCAACGGCACGCUCUUGCCGACGGCACGGCUGAACAAAGAGGGCAAGCCGGUGGGUGGGGCGGCUACGACGAUGCGCAGUGCUAGUGUGUUUGGCGGGGGUGCGAGGAGACCACCGGUGGCGAGGUCGGCGUAUUUGCGCGAGAGCUUUGAUUCGACCUCACCGCAGCCGCACUUUGCUCAGCAGCAGCCGCAGCAGUACAGCGGUGGAGCAGCAGCGGCGGGGUACGGCCACGAAGCGAGUGCGUCGUCGGCGUCGAGUCUGGUCGCGUCGAUCGGCUCGCGCGCGCUCAGCAGGAUGAGUCUGCAGCACCUCACGGGCGCGUUUUCCGGGCUGAGUGGCUACCUGACCAACCAGGGCGGGGCCGCCACGGCGGCUGCCGUCGCUGCGGCCAAGAUGUGCAAUGCCGCCGAGGACAUGGAGGAGGGUGGGAGUGCGAGUGUCUGGGCGAAUGCGCAGAGGGUCAGAGAGGAGGAGGACGAUGACGACGACGAGGAGUCUGCGGUGGACGCGAGGAGUCUGCGGUUCGACAUUGAAAGCGGGAUGGGUAGCAAGCAGCAGGCACCGGCGCAGGCGCAGGCGGUGAGGAGGUACGUGCGUAAGUCGGCGGUAGCACAGCCCAAGGCGACUGCGGUGUGGAUGCUCGAUUUCUCAAGGAGUGUCGGAGGCGUCGGCCCGGUGUUUUCGCUUUGA